UUGGAUUUGUAAAAACGGAUAGAUACAUUUGCGGGUCGCGGUAGGGCGCCGUCCGGCAUGUCUUGUUUACGACGAGGUGGGAGUAUUAUUCUGCCGUCCAGCUAAUCGUUCCAGAAUAAAUCUCCAUCCCAGAUAUUUGCAAAUUGUUAUUUACAGAGAAGGCCAGAGAAGGAGAAAGAGCGAGAGCAAGGGGAUGUUGACUUAUCCCUCUGACUCGCUCCCUCAGAUAGUUUGUCCAAUGGAUGAUGCUAUUCCCCCCAACCCUUUCUGUAGUGCACCUCCCCACAGUGAACCUCCACCACCUCUCCUCUCCCUUUCCUCAGUCACUCCCAGCCAUCCGAAUGAUGGAAUAUCUGGACACAGAAGGAGUGAUCGCAUUCAAGGGAUCAGAGCUCAGACUCCUAAAAUUCGGAGUAACACAGACAGCCAAGCCUCUCAGAAACCGUCCAGACAGAAUCCAGCCCCCGCAAAGAGACAAAGAGAAGGGGAGAUCAUGGUGCAAAUUUCACAGCCUAAACAGCCAAGAGUUGAAAGGACAGAUGUAUACGAGACACAAAACAAGGAUGGACUGCAUUUUAGUUUUUCAACAGAGCAUCAAAAUGAGCAAAAAGACCAGAGAGGGCCACCAAAGAAUACAGAUGUCUCUCCGGACGAAACUGUAGUUGAACCUUUUCCUGAAGACACCACACAGAAUAUUGAUGCUGCUGAGUCUGACAUGGACACAUGUGGGAAAUUAGCUGUUGAACACAGUGUUGAAAAUCCAUCUGCUAUGAAAGGAUGGGUGAUUGGUCCAUUGUUUCAGUCUUUCAAGGCAAAGAUGGCCAGUUUCACAGAGAUAGUCAUGAGCCCUGUUAAACUCUUCACAUCAAACAGUCCUCCACCAUGUAUGGAUCAUCCAGACAACCUUCAUGAGUAUGAAAUACAGGCUGAUGGAACAGCAGAUGCUGAACAUUCUGGGCCAAGCAACACACCUUAUCCAGAAGGAGAAAUUGGCAACAGGAAUCAGGGAAUUGAAGAUAAUCAGUACGGACUUGGCACAGAAGAUGCAGAAAAUGAAAAAAUCGUUAUUCCCACAUUUUCAAAAAAAUUGCAUUUUGGUAUGGAGACGUCAACGUGCAGCUCUGAACUGUCUGAAUGUGCAGUAAAUCGGAAGGAAACAACCUCACCUGAUUUACUGUGUCCACCACACCGUCCCUUGCCUCGCAUUGUUUCUGAGCAAGUCUCCGUAUCAGUUUCGUCCAUUCUUAAGCCUUUUGUCCUGUUAAGAUCCUCUUCAAGUGCCUUGCAUGAAUCAAAAUUAAAGGUAUCCAGUGAUCUGGACAAAGGCAAGAAGGCUGGCAAGUCAAAACCUCUGCCUAGAAAACGUAGAUCUGAAUUAAAGAGCGUUAACUGUAAGACACCUGAUGACAAAAAGGAAGAGUGUCACCCAGAGGUCCCUGACAAGGAGUCUUCUCAAUACAACUCAAACAGCACUGUCUUGAGUGGGACGAGCAAAAAGCUGACUUUGUCGUCCUCGGUCUGUAACACUGAUCCUGAUGAAUACUGUCUUCAGGCUGAAAAUGAUCAUGAUGAUGGGAACACAGAACGAUGUUUUGUUCAACAAAGCCCACCCCGACUGAGUAACCCCAGUAAUAAAAGGACACAGAAGCUCACUUUGGAUAAACAUCAGCUGAACCCUAAAACGUGCCCAGUUAUAGGUUUGGGGAGAGAAAAGAGAGGCCAGAAACUGGACUGUAGUCUCCAAAAUUCUGCACGGAGCAAAAGACUGAAGGCAGAUGCACAAUCAGAGGCUACAAAAAGUUGUAGAGUUGAGUUGAUGUCCUCAGAUAAUGACAUAUGGAGAGGGAUAAAGCCUUCACGAAAGCAAGUUGUGUCGAUAAAUGCCAAUGCGAAUAUGGAAGAAACACUCAACCCUGUUAAAAAAAGAACAACAAGAGUGAAUGGGAAAGAAAAAGUUCCUACAAUAAAUGAAGCUGUGUUACAAACGCAGGCUCAAAGUUUCCCUGACAUGUUGGUUUGCUCAUCGGAUAAGAGCCGUGGUUUGUCGGAUGAAAACCAAAAAGGCAGCAAAGUGAAGCCUAGUGGUUCAUGCAAAAGACUGAAGAUGAGGAAAGUUCCUAACAAACCUGAUGACAUUGAUAAUGGUAUGGAUAUGGAAACCACUAUGGCAUUCACUUCUACUGAACAGACUGAAGAGCCAAUACCUGAAGUUUUACUCCGUCCUCAUAUAAAGCAGCUCGAGAACAAAAAAAGAUCCAGGAUUAUAAACAUGAAACCACUAAAAAGGAAAUCACCAAUCCAAGCAAGCUUGGCUGCUACCUCAUCUGUGGAGCUCUUUGAACUCAGGCCUGGGGAUUUAAAUACCUCUGAGCAUGUUCAAGAAGAGAACUUGACUAGAGGACAGGGAGAGCCGUCCAAGAGACCCAAAAAGGGCUUUAGAGGUGCUUUCAGUUCAUCUGUGUCCACUGGGACUCAAGAAGCAAAGCAGUGUAUUAACAGCCUUCAUUUGGUAACCAAAGAAACCCAGUGUAAUGUAGAUGCAGGCGAAGACAAAAUCUCAAUAGACCCUUUGUAUUUUGAAAUGACACCUUUUGAAAGAAAUGCUGAACCUGUACUUUCACCUUCCCAUUCAGACUGUUUCAUACAAAUAAACCAAGCGAAGCACGCUACAGAUCGGAUGGAACGGGAUUCUGCUUCUGUCAAAGAUGAGAGAUUAACCAGGGACUCUGAAGUUGUGAACAAUAACAGCUUUUCUUUGUCACGGCUAAGACCUAGUGCAAGACGAGUUAACAUUAAACCAAGGAGAGCAGAUGACCAAAGAAGAAAAUGCAGGGUUUUGCUCAGCAAGGCACAUAACGCUGAAGCGGUCACAAAAUCCAUCACUAUGGAGGAUGCUGAUCUAGCUGCAUCAAGUAUACAGUUGUCAGAAAACCGUUUUGCAAGGUGCCUGUUGCGUAGCUAUUCUUGCCCAGAGAUCUCCUCUCUCCAUCCUAAUGACACACCCUGGAAAACUCCUCAUUCACCACAUCACAGCAGGACUCACACCCCACACCAGCACCAGUCCUCCCACAGCCCUUUUGUGUCUCAUGCUCGCAAAUCCCUGCAUCGAGCUCGUCGACACACGGUCUGCAGCGUGGAAGUGGAGAGGGAGAUUGCCCCUCUGUGUCUUCGCAAGGAAGUGUACCCGUCGCGAAGAUCUGCACCAUAUGACCCUGUCACUCAACACCUGUCUCCCAGCAUUGCACUGUCCCCCAGCACUUCUCUCUCAGUUCUUGCUUCUUGCUUCCUUUCAAGCCCCUUGGCUUUCCUUUCCAAGAAAGCUGACAGCAGAGGAACCACUGCCAGCCCCAGCACUUCCAGUCAUGUUUCUUCUCCCACAUCUUCUUCGUUGUCAUCCCCACUGAGCUCCACAUGGCACCCUUCAGGAAUUAUUCCAGGAACGGACUCCUCUGGUAACACCUUGGAUUCUAACAAAGGUAGGAAUCCUUUGGAGUGUGAGAUGGAGAGAAGACAACAGAGUGAGGAGGAAGAUGAUGGGGAGGACACAAGCUCUUCCAGUCAGGAGUUUGAAGAUGUUGGGUUGAGAGAAGAAAAGGCUCUGUCGGAUUCUGAAAUCAAGGUUGUGCAAAAUCAUGACAAACAAGGAAAGGUGUCCUCCAUCCGCAUUCGGAAAACUUUACCCAAACCCCAGAACAACCUGACACCCAUGGGAUUGCCCAAACCAAUCAGGCUGAAAAAGAAGGAGUUUAGUUUGGAAGAAAUCUACACCAAUAAGAAUUUCAGCAAACCCCCUGAAAGUCGUCUGGAAACCAUAUUCGAGGUGCCUCUCAAUCGCAGAAAUGGUUCCGAGUCCUGUUUUGGCCCAAGGCGCGUCAAGCGAUUUUUGAAGUUCCUGGAGGUUGGUGAGUCUAGAAAACCAAAGAAGCCUCUAGUUGGAGUUGGAAAGGCAGUCAUUUCCUCAUCCAGGACGAGACGAGGCAGCUUUUCUAAAGACGAACCACCUCUGAGCAUGCAGGAUGUAGACUCGCUGCUCUGUGCAAAGCUCGAUCAGCUCAACUUGUGGUUAAUACAUGAUCAGAAAGAAAGCUGACAAAUGCCGAUUGUUUGGUAGCUAUCAGAGAAAUAAUAUUGUGUAAAUAAGGAUUUCAACAUGAAGAUUCACACGAGUCUUCCAGCUCUUCUUUAUGUCGGCGCAAUCGAUGUAUAAAUGUUGUGGUCACAUGUUCCAGUUGAAGAAUUAUACUGUCCAUUUUGUAGCAGUUGUAACCUGCAAGUUGAACAACAGUAAAUCAUAGCACCAUUGCCUCAUAGACAUUGGUUUUAAAUGUAGUUAUAAAUGCUUUGCAUGUGUGUUAAGUUGUUUUUCAUUCAUUGCCACAUUCAAACCGUCCGUUCCUCACUUCAGACAGUUUCCAUCUGAUAAGCGAAACUGUCCUGAAACAAAAGUUGAUAUUUAGAUUUUUUUUUUUUUUAAUUAAAUCACAUGCUUACCCAGUAUUAACCAUCCUGCACCUCCUCCCUGCUAGGGUGACUCACGAUGACAACAACUUUCUUUUCAAAGAUAAUUUGUUUUGAAAGAAGGCAGGAUAUCAAUGCUAGUAGUUAGGACUUUGCAGCAUCAAUGCAAAUUUUUUGUAAAGGCAGCUAUUUUUUAUGAAAAGCACAAUAUAACUUUUAAACAUGCCUGAAGAGAUUUGUAUUCGCUGCAACUAGUUUCGCAAAUUUCUGUCCAUCACGUUUACAGUAUGUACUACUAGGUGCGUCUGCACAUAGCCUGGACUGCAUAAACCAGUUUACCCAGUUCAGUUCAGUGUCUGUUCAGUUAUUCAGUUAUUUAUGUUCUCAUUAAUAUUUGUUAAUAAGAUAUUACAUGAAGACAAUAUGACACUCCAGGGAGUUUUUUUUUUUUGUUUUUUUUUUUUUUUUUUAAAAAUCUGUGGUGCUCUUUGGAUUGUCUGUGGUGUUUAUCUUUGUAUUGCAAAUGUAACUUCUUGUUAAACUACUAAUGAGUGUAUUUUUGUUUGCUUGUUCUUAUUUUGCUCAAAUUGUAAUGAGGUUGCCUUAACUGUAAAAAUUUGUUCAAACUGAUGUUUUGAUGUUUUGUAGGCUCGUUUGUAAUCUUUUUUUUUUUUUUUUUUUUUUUUACGAGGACAUAACAAAGGUUCAACGAAGUCAGAGCACAAACAUUUUUGUCUUUUUAUUUUUUAUAAAAUUGUAUUUACAUGUCUGUAUAAAAGUACAACAUGUGGAUGCAUUUGACGUAAAUAAAACUAAUAUGGUAACAAUGCAA